AUGGGCUGCCUUUGCUGCCAAGCGCGCCGAGGCCACCAAGACCACUCGGAUCAAGGAUGUGAGUGCCCACUGUCCGUCGAUGGUCGACCUGGCACCUCCUUGGCCAAGCACGGUGCCGGAACGCUCGCCUUCCAUGACACCAUGCCUAUCCAGAAGCACGACAAGCGUGAGGUCGUCGGGUGGCUGCACAUGGACACGGGCAACCAUACCAAGGCGAUCAACGAGGAUGCCGCCAUGGCGUCGCUGCUGCACGACAACCAGUCGUUGGUCAAGGGCGACACCCUCGUUGACGUCAUCAAAUGUGAGAAGGAUACCCAAAACCGUAUGUUACGGUGGGGUAUCGCCAGUGACACUGCUCUCCGUCAACUUCAAGGAACGACAUUGAAGUUGCGUGUGACCACGACGUCUGGGAAGAUCAAGACCACCACCAUGAUGCCAUUCCAAAUGUCCCUUCCACACGUGCUCGAUGGGUUCUACAUGGACAUUCCGGCUGGCCCGCAAGGUCUGUUUGAGGAACGGCUCAUGUUUGAAACCCUGCAACGCCUCGAACCUCGUUUCUUAUGGGGUCUGUAUACGAGUGUGUCUGCGACGACGGGCCUGGCUGGAUCGCGCUACCGGAUCCACUUCCUGGGGUCUGAAAUCCCAUCCACCAUGCUGCUCGAUGGUCGGAUGGUUGAGGAAUUCGUUUUCCGUGGUCGGUGCCUCCGUGUUUAUGGCCGUGGAUGGUUCUUUCGUGACAAGCGACUGGCUCGUCUUGAUUUGGACUCCAUCGCAGCUGGAACAACUCACGUGACUCCAACGACCUCCCCUACCUCCACCACCACUGUAACUCGGGCCACACCGGCUAAACGACAGAAAACCACGACCAAGGACCCCAACGCAGCCCCAGCCCCAUACCGUGUUCACACUCCUGGUCGAUCCUGGACGUCACCCAAUGCGUUUGCGGCACUCCAUGAGCGUUGGAACGUUGGACAUGCGGUGCACCGGGCCAACCACGAUGGUGUGAGUUUUGAAUCCAUCAUCCCCGAGCUGCACCAGCCCGACAACGACCUUGCCCACCCCACUGCCGACGAGUAUGUGACGUGCCCCAAACCAACCAAGGGCACAGUCUCACACGUCGAGGUGCCGCUGGAUGAUCUGCUGGCCGAGCUGCAACUCCUCGAGGCCCAAUCCAGUGCGGCUAUCCAGCACCAUGAAUCCCAUGUGGCAGAUGCUGUUCGUGGCAGUGAGUUCGAUCUAGCCACCAUGGUGAACUCUGGCCGUGUGGAUUCGAUCUGCACCAUGAUGGCACGACACCCAGUGGACUUUGGGGUCCAGCUGCAUCGUCUCUUCACUGCAGAUCGCCCUACCUUUGAGCUGCUCAUUCGCCAGCGUUUGUUGCACCGCUGGCUCCGUGCGACCUGGGGUGGCUCAGCAUCAUUUGACAAGCUGUACACCAAGUCGUUUGGACACAAGAUGACCAGAGAGUCGGUGGUUGAGCUGUUCCGGGCCCUGCAACACUCCGACACCCUGGCACCCAUCGUUUCCGAGACGGAAGCUGGUGACGAGCUGACCCUGUCCAGAUUGGACUUGGAACUGGUGCUGGCACUGGCUGAGGUGCUUGCAGCAGCCCAUAGCCCUCUCUACUUUGCAUCCGAUGCAGCCGUCAUGGUGUCCACUGGAUGCACCAUUGAGAUCAUCCCUGCGCACCGUGGGCUGCGCUCCCUCUCGGCUCCAACCAUGCUAGCUGUCCUCAUGUCAACCCACCUUGGUGAAGAGCUGUGGCGCAUCAUGGAAACGAUGUUUGAUGGUGAUGACGACAUGAACCGAGUCAUGGCGCACCUGUACGACAUUCAUGAGAGUGGAUUCGUCAGCCUUCCACACAUCGGCAUCACACGAUGGGAUCAGGAAUUGGGCCGAUUUGUCGUCCCGACUGACGAAGUGGAUGACACUGCCACCCCGGUGGACGACUCCACCAUGACCCAAGUGGUCAACCGUCAGUACUAA